AUGGCGACCGCCAUAAAAGAACAAUCAUCAUGUCGCAAACGGGAGAUUUCUGUUCGAGAAGGGGGAGCCGAUUGCAAGGAUUGCAGCAACCACCUUCUGGUAUUUGCUGGCUUGACGUUCAUGGGGACGAACUUGCCAGGGGCUAAGACUGUCUCAGAAAUCUACCAGGCCGCAUUCAUCAAUUGA